UUAUGGCAAGGUACAGAGUGUAAAAAUUCUUCCUAAAAAAGAUGAUGAUAAUGGUACUGGUAUUAGUGCUACUGUUGCAUUCAUUGAUAUCAAAUCUGCAGCCAAAGCACAUAAUGCAGAAAAUAAAAUAGAAGAAAGGACUUUAAAAACUGAUUAUUAUGAACCACCUGCUUCUAGUACUGCUAGUUCAGCAAUAUUCAUUCAUGAAAGGGAUGAUUCUUUAGUAAGGCCAACCACGGGUGUUUAUACUGCAGCUCGACCAUCGCGCUACCAACAUGGCCUUACUGAAGAAAGAACCUAUGAACGGGCUAGCGGACAUUAUUAUGAUAGGGUUUCAGAACGUGAAUCUUACUUGAGGCGGUCCAUGGGCAUGGGAUACCAUGACGAUGAUAGUUACCAGGGUCGUGGGAAAUCAAGAGACAGGUAUCAGAAAACUUCAAAUAAUACUACAGUAUACCAGGACGGAUCUGAUAGAACUCAAAAUCAUUUUCGUGGCCAUAAUGCUACUAGACAGCAUUUUGAUCAACAAAGGUAUCCUAGUGAUCAGUACAGUGAUGAAAGAGACUCGACAUCAAAUGUAAAUCGUUUAACACGGAGGCCAAAUACUUCUGCAACUUCAACAGUUGGUUCUACUGUUGCAUCCCCACCUCAUUCUAGGAGCGGCAGUCGGCAAAGGCAACAUAAAAGAAGAUCUCCGUCACGCUCACCUUCGGGUUCUAGAUCAAAUUCACGUUCACGAUCUCGAUCCAGGUCAAGGAGUACAAGUGGCAGUCAUUCGUCCAGUUCCUCCUCAAAACUACGCAGUAGUUCAAGUGAUAGCAGUAGUAGAUCUCGAUCACCUUCAAAAUCAAGAUCACCUGCAGCUUCCUAUGGAAGUCAAGGAAGCAAUAAAGGGGGACGGUCAGCAAGUGCUGUCAGUCUAGUGAACACUACUACAUAUUUAUCUUCUACCGUAUCAGCUGCAACAAGUAAUAAUUCUCAGGUGUCUAAUCAACCACAGGGUUGUGUCCCUGUCUCUGUAGAUAGUAACGAGAAAGAUGAAAAAAGGCCAUUGGGUAUCUGUGUAAAAAAUUUACCUGUAAGGUCAACUGAUACAAGCCUGAAAGAUGGCUUAUUUCAUGAAUACAAAAAGCAUGGAAAGGUCACCAUGGUAAAAGUAAUAGGCCAAGGCACAGAUAGAUAUGCAGUAGUGUGUUUUAAAAAAACUGAAGAUGUUGACAAAGCAUUAGAAGUAUCAAAAGACAAAUUAUUCUUUGGAUGUAGAAUAGAGGUAACUGCACAUGAAGGUAUAGAUGGUGAAGAUAAUGAAUUUAGGCCUUUAGAAGCAGAACUUGAUGAAUAUCAUCCUAAAGCUACGAGAACAUUAUUCAUUGGAAACUUAGAAAAAGACAUCACGACAACUGAACUAAGAAAACAUUUUGAACAAUUUGGUGAAAUUAUUGAAAUUGAUAUUAAAAAACAAGGGUCUUCAACAUCAUAUGCUUUUAUUCAAUACUCUGAUGUGGCUAGUGUAGUGAAAGCAAUGAGAAAAUUAGACGGAGAAAAUCUUGGUGCCAAUAGAAUAAAACUUGGAUUUGGUAAAAGCAUGCCAACAAACUGUGUGUGGUUAGAUGGAAUUGCUGACAGUGUUUCUGAGAAAUUUUUGGCACGUCAUUUUAGUCGUUUUGGACCUGUUGGAUAUACUGCUAUUGACAGAGAAAAAGGCCAUUCUCUAAUAUUUUAUGAUUCAGUAGAGUAUGCUCAAAUUGCUGUUUCUGAAAUGCGUGGCCGGAUAUUAGGAGGGAAACGAUUGCAGGUGGAUUUUGCUAGUCGUGAAUGUCAAACAGCAUUUUUUGAAAAAAUGGAGAUGACUGGACAAAUGCUACCAGGAGAACGACCAUGGGAAAGAAGAGAAAGACGAGGAGAAUUUGAAGUCAUCCGAGAUGAUCGGGAAGCACGAGUUGGAUUUGACAGUAGAAAUUAUGCUAGAUAUGAUAACCAGCAACGUGUAACGAGGGGAACAUUUUCACGUGGAACUUUACGAGGGACUUACACUAAAGGAAAAAGUCAGGGAUUUCCAGGAAGAUUUGAUCCUUAUCAUGAAGAAUUUGGAGAUAGAUGGCAUAGAUAUAAUUCAAGGGAUGAUGAUACUGAGGAAGGUCAAAGUCUUGACGGAAAAAAUGAACGUACCAAAUUUGGAGAAACAAUUGAUCGUCAGUUUCGGAAAAAGAGCAAACACAGAAGUAGCAUUAGUGAUCAAGAUAGUCACCAUAGUCAGUCACCACCACAUUCCCGUCAUCAAAGCCGAAGUACUAGUCCACCUGGUUCCAAAGAAAAGAAACUUCAAAAAGAACGUGAAAGAGUUCAUCAUAGAACAAAAAGUCCUAGUAGUCAUAAUUCUUCACGAAUGAGCAGUCCAACAAAAGAUAUUACUCAGAAUGAAUCAAUAGAUGAUAAAGACAUUUGCAGUGAUCAGCGGGAUCUUACAAAACAUAAAAUGACUGAUAAAACUGAGAGAGAAUUUGUUUCUCUUAAUGUACCAAUAUUUUGUUCUAAACAAGAUGAUAGUGUUUUAUCAAAUGAUUUGAAAUUACAAAUUAAGCCAGAUACUGAAUCAUCAAAGAAGAAAAUUCAUUUGGAAAAUGAAUCACUAGAUCAUCUUCUCUCAGGUUCAGAAGCAGCUGGCCGUAUUGAACGAAAAAAGAGACUUUUGUGUGUUUUGAAUCGAGAUUCUAAUUUUAUGGGAAAUCACAUUAAAGAUACCUUAGAUCCAUCACAAUUGAAGAUUCGUAAUGCAUUGAGUGCAAAAGUCACAAAAUCUGAUAGUGGAAUGGAAAGUAUAACAGAAGGAAAUAAUAAUGAAGAAUGUAAGAGUGAUGCAGAAAGUGGAGAAUUACUGGAUGAAGUAUAUCCAAUAAAGAGUAAUACAACUGACUGUACUAAUAGUGAAUUAAAAUAUUUGAAAAAGAAACAAGUUCAUUUGCUUCAUUUACUAGAGCAACUUGGUGAAGGUAUUAGUUCAAGUGAUACAGAGUGCUCUACUGAUAGUGAAAAACCCUCAGACAAAAAGAAAAAACUAUCGGAUUUAAAUCUGUGCACUUCUAGAGAACAAAUUAAAAGUUCUAAUAAGCAAGAUAUGUGUUUAAUUAAUGAUAAUGUGAAUACUAAAGAACCUUUGGUUAUAACAUCCAAACAGAAAGAUGGUCUCAAACAUGAAAAUAGUGAUUCUUUGUUAAGAACAAUUGAUCCUGUCAUAUUGAAAAAAUACUUAGAUCCAAGAAAAUCUGUAGAGCAUCAAGAUCUAGUGAAAACAAGACGCUACUCAACAGAAAAAGACAUUUUAUGUCAUUCAGAUUCAAAUCAGUUAGAUAUUCAUGCUGAUCAAGACAUUCAACCAUUGGUUAGUUUAUCAGAUACAACUUGGAAAAAGCAGACGUUUCCAACAGUAUGUGUAACAACUAUUGAGGAAAAUGAAAAUGAUACCAGAAUUGAUACUGCACUUAUUUCACAUCAAACAAAAAUCAAAAAUGAUGAUGAUGUAGUAGUGACUGAAAUUACAUUAUGUAAUGAUAGUUGUGGAAAUACAAAAACAAACAGAAUUCAAACAUCAAAUUUAGAUACAAGACUGAGCGGAACUAUUCAGCGAUCUCUAUCUGAAUCAGUUUGUUCAAAUCAUGAAUUGAGGAGAGAAAGAGAGAUUAGCCCUCUCUCUUUACCAUUACCAAAGUUUGCAGCAUCUCUACGUUCUCCUAAGAUGUCUCCAAAUCCAUUAUCUUCUCCUAAAAGUAGUGCUGUGAGUCCUAGAGCUGGUCAUUCACCUAAUAUUGUUUUACCUGGAAAAAGUAAUUUCAUACAUGAAAUUUGCAAAGCUGAUAAAACAAAUACCAAAGAUAACCAAGAAGAAAAAUUAGUUGCUACUGCAACUGCAUCAUCAUUAACAUCACAAACAACUGAAACCAAAACAUUAACAGAUUCUGUUUGUAAUCCUAAUACCAUUCAUUCAUCUCAAGUAUUUUUAAAACCACCAGAAACAGAAAUUUCUUCAGAUUCAGAAUAUUCUCCAAUUUCAUCACCAAACCGUCCAUCUAUUGAAGAAAGAAUACGAGCUCUAGAUGAAAAAUUCAAUGCUUGGUCAGGCUCCUCAAGAACUUUUAGUACAUUAUCUGGUGAUACAUCACCUACAGUAACAACUGUGACAGUAUUUUCAUCGUCAUCAUCAUCAACAACAACAACAACAACAACAACUUCAACAACAACAAAUACUUUUGAUUAUCAUAAAUAUAAUAUUAAGAAAAAACCUCGCUUUAAUUUUCUUUCACCUGAAUUUCGCACAGAACCAUCUGAAAUAGUAAAGUCUCUGCUAGCAAAAUCAACAAUUUUUGAUCAAGAUUCAAAGCGAUUAGAACGAAUAAAUGAAAAAUAUGAACCAAAAGAAGUAAAACUAGAUUUUUCACCUAAAACAAAACCAUUAAUACGUACUAAAGCGGCAGCAAAAGAUUUCUCAAGUCCUAUUCAGUCUUUGACCAACACUAUGUCUUCACUAACAUCUACAUGUAAUAUAAAAUAUCCCCAAUUUACUCAGUCAUCUAUCAGUCAUUCUAAUGUUUCACCAGUUUUAGUUUCAUAUACAAGUAAUUCUACAAUGACAAAUGUUUCAUUAUCUACUCAAUGUACCAUUCCUUUUGUUUCAACAACUGUUAGUGCUCCAAUUACAACUAAAGUAACAGAAGAAUUGACAGUUUCUCAACCUAAAUUACCAAUAAAUCACGUUCCUUCAUUAAGUAAAUUAUUAGAAACUAUUAAACCACAAUCAGUGUGGAAGGAAAUUAGUAAUAUUUCAAAUAACAACCAAUCAAAAACUAUGAUAUCUUCUUUACCUACUAAUAUUUUUAAUUUGUAUAAUACAACAAUAAAGAAGGAAUUAAUACCUGUUACAAAAGACAAUAUUUACAUUCCUCUUGUAAAAAAAGAAACAAAAGAAGAUAAAAGUAUUUUAAGGAAAGAUAUUCCAAUCAUUUCAAAUUCAAAAGUUGCAGAAACAAGGCGAGAUGGAAUAUCAACAAUAACAAAAGAGACAACCAUUAAAAAAGAAACAAAUAAUAAAGAAAUUUGUAACCGAAAAGAAAAUAUAUUUUUGAAAGAAUCCAACAUCAAACAAGAACUUUUAUCCUCAGUCAUGCAAGAUUUUCAGUCAAGUAAUAAGAACAGUUCUGUUCCUAACAUUUCAAAAGAAACAAUACCUGCACAGAAUAGUACAACAGAUAACUUAAUCACAACUCAACAAGCUGGAGUUACAAAAAGAAGAGUUUCUUCUAUAGAUAGUAAUGAAUCUGAUUCAGGUAAAUCUGGAAGAUCUACAGAGAUGACAAAAGAAUCCCAAGAUAUUGGAUGGCAGAAGGAUGAAAUAAAAUCAGAAAAUGUAACAGCAGAACCAGAGCAUAAAAAACCAAAGUUAACUCAUGCAAGAAAUUCAGAAAAAGAAAAACAGAGAGAAAAAUCAACAUCUCCAGUUCCUUCAAAAAAAUCAGAAAAAUUAUCUAUGAAAAUGGAGAGAUCUAAAAGUUUAACAUCCAGGCAUUCUAUUUCUUCGAGUAUAGAAAGAGAUGAUUCAGAAUCAAAAUCUCUUGAUAUUAAAUAUAGUGAAAAUAUAAAGGAUAAAAUUAAAUCUGAAUCAAAACAUAAAGAAGAAAGAAAAAAUAAAUGCAAAGAAAAUAAAUCUAACAGGCAUGAGCAUAGGACAAAAUCAAAAUGGCCAGAAUCAUCUAAAUCUUCUGAGAAAACUGAUAAAUCUGUAAAUGUUCUAAAAUCAAAGAAAGAUCAUGAAAAGUAUGAUAAAGAUAAAGGCAAAUUAGAAAGGAAACUAUCAGGAAAUGAUAAAGGAAAGUCAGAGUCUUCAAAAAACAAUAAAAAAUCGGAUGCAAAACACAAUAUGAUUGAAGAAGAACCCGUAUACUUUUCUAUGUAUGAUAAAGUCAAAGCACGUUCAAGUCAGAAUCAGAGUUUGAAAGAUCAAGCCAAAGAUCUUGAAACAGUUAGACAAAAAUUUAAUCUACUGAAACAAAGUCGUGCCAAACGUGAAGAGAAAGCAAAAUCAGUAGAAUUAGAUAGUGAUAAAGAUUCUGAUAUUAGUCAUCAUUCAAAUGAAUCAGAAUCACAGGGAUCUCACUUUCAAAAAGCAUCCAGUUCAAAAAGCAGACAGCCAAGGAAAAGAAAAUUAGUUAUAGAGAGUUCUUCAGAUGAUGAUAUUCAGUCUCAGAACAUCAGAACUGAAGGUUCAAGACAAGACUCCAAAGAUACAAGUAAUGAAUUUACUUCAGAUUUAGAAACAGACUAUAAAGAAUUAACAUCUAUGAAAAAGUUUAAUAUAGCUCAUCAUUCUAAACGUAAAGGCAAGAGAACAGGAAUAUCAGAUAGUGGAAGUUCUGGAUCUGAAGAAAAAAAUACAAAUAAGUCAUUAACAGUAAACAAAAAGAAAACAAAAUUGAGGCAUUCUGUAGAAAAAAUGCCAAAACGACACACUCACAAAUCAGAUUAUGACAGUUCUGAUGGGGAAAUAAUUUCAAAAUCACAAAAUAAAGAGAAAGAACACAAAAGGAAAAAAACUAAAAAGGAAAAAGUGUUUGAACUUAUAAAAUCUGAUUCAGAUGUCUCUGAAAGUGAAGUUCCUAGAAAACUGAAAGAAGAAGAAAAACUUUUAAAAGGAAAAAAUUUAAAAGAAUUUGAAGACGAGUCUUCAUCAAUUGCGGAUGAUAACGUUUCACGGAAUGAAAACAAAGAUUUGCCUACUAUUCAAAAUGAAAAAAAUAAGCAUGAAUCUAAGCCAACUGAAAUUAUUGAUAAAGAACAAAGACACAAAUCAACAUCUAAGAAAAAGAAAAAGUCUAAAAAGUCAUCAAAAAGCAAAGAGAAAAAGACAUCUGAGAAGUCAGCUGAGAUUUCAUCUGAAAAAUCUUCCUAUCAAAGAACUGAAAAUUCAGAAGAAAGUAAUAAAAUCCAAGAAAAGAUAGAAACAAAAGAUGUAUCUCUUAUUUUACCAACACCAGAACCAAGAGAAAAUCCCAUAUCACCUCCUUGUUUGCAGAGUGAAAUUUUAUCAGAUAAUGAUUUUAAAUCAGAUUUUUCAGAUUUUGAUUUUGAUAAUCAGAAAUCGCGAAACAGAUUAAAUUCUGACUUAUGGAAGCAUAUAGAAACAAAAACGGAUUCUGAUACCGACAUUUGUUUAGGAAAUUUAAUUUCUUCUUCCAAAUGUGUCACAGAAAAUUUCUCUUCUAAAGAUCAAUUUGAUAUUCCUCAGUCUACAACAGAUUCUAGUUUGCCAUCCUAUACAGAUAAAGUAGGAGAAUGUGAAUCUAGUGAAAAAUCUAUCAUUCCUCAGACAGAUUAUAAUAAUCAACUUAAUGACAACUCUGACAUUCCUUUUAAUUCUCUACCAAAAGAAUCAAAAGAUAAUUCAGUUAAAAAAGAAGAAUUAGAAAAGCGAGAAAGUGAUAUGGAACCAUCAAAAAAGAAAGAGAAAAGUUUUAAUGAAGUUGAUAAAAAUAAAGAAGAAAGAAAAAAGAAGAAAAGAAAGAAGACAUUGAAAGAAAAAUCUAGAAAAUCAAAAACUGAUUAUGUAGAAACAGUUGAAGUUAUGACAUUUCAACAAAAAAUUAAACCUCCAACACCAGUAUUUGAAAAAAUUAUUGAUGAAGAUAGCAGAUUAUCAAAUGAAAGAUUAGAUGAAGAAAUAGCAGAAGAAGCUCGACGUUUAGAAGAAGAAUUACUAGCUCAAUCAGAAGAAACAAGUACUUUUGGAGAAAGUGAAGAUCCCUGCAAAAAAGAAGAAAAGCUUCAAGAAAGAAGGUUUGAAAAUACCUGUAAAAAGGAAGAGAAACAAGAAAGACGAUUUGAUGAAGAAGCAGUGAAAGAAACUAGAAGAUUAGAAGAGGAAUUGCAAACAGCUAGAGACCCUUGGAAUUUAAAAGAUCCAAAACCUUAUGAUGAUGAUACCAGUCAUGAGUUACAGAUUAUGACUGAUAACAUAAACAAAGAAAAUGAAGUUGAAGUCAAUACCCUUAAUGGAAAAGAUGAUAUUUUUGUUGGUAUUGAACUUGGGUCAAAUUCAGAAAUAGGGACAACACAUUCAGCUACUCAGGAGUUCUUGUUAUCACCAAAUGAUACUGAUCAAUAUAAAUUAGAGGAUAAAGAAGGAGUUUAUGACAUGGAUAAUCAGAGAAAAUUAGAAGAUGAUCUGGCAGUAUCGGCAUUGCUUCAAGAAAUGAAUAAUGAAGAAGUUUCAGCUCCAGAAUUAUCUAAAGAAACUGAAUAUCUAGAACCACUUUUAGAAUCACAGGAAAAUUCUCUGAAUUAUAUGAUACCUGAUGAAAAUACUGGAUCUUUACAAAUAACAGAAUCAUGUCCAGAAAUGCACAUUGAAGAUAAUAUGACACAACAAAAAUGUGAAACUGAAUCAGAAUUUAUUUCUCAAGGAACAGAAGCAUCAGAACUCAUUACUGUAACUGAGGAAAUGCAAAGUAAAGAAAUAUCAAUUAAGGAAGAAGAAGUUUUAGUUGAAUGUAAACUUCCUGAAAGUAAUGAGGAUUCAAUAUCUAUUUCUAAUUCUGAAGAAAUUUCAAAACAACAGGAUCUAAUAACAGAAAUAAAACUGGCCGAAACAGAAUCAGAACAAAUUGAAAUUACACAAAAUGAUUUUGAAUUAUUAGAAGCACCCAAUUCAUCAAUAAAAUUUGAAACUGAUAAAAAUAAAAAUGUACAAGAAGAAAAGAAGGAGGUGCUUCAUCAAAACAAUAAUGAAGAAAAAAUCUGUGAAGUUAAUAAUGAAAAAAUUACUUUUGAUGGAACAGCAGUCAAUUCUACUAUUGAUGAUAAUCAUGAGAAAGAAGAACCACCUCCAACAUUGGAAAGAGUUGAUAAUGUUGAAGAUAAAACACAUCUUCCCGAUCUUGCCAUAACCAUCUCAAAGUGUGAUAGUGAUAAAGAUCCAUCACUAGAAGACUAUAUCAAUGAAAAUACUAAUCUGCAUGAGAAUGAAGAACAGAAUACUUUUAUGACAGAUAUGGUAACUGAUUUAGAAGACACUAGGACAGCAUCUCCACCUUCAUAUCCUCCUUUAGAAGAUGAAAUAAAUUCUGUAAAGGAAGAAGUUGAGAAAAUGAAGAACAUAUUUAAUGAAGAAUUGGUUCAAACAACAGAUAUUGAAGAUUCAUUUGUCAGUAUUGAGAAAGAUACAAAUACAAACAUUACUAUUAUUGAAAAUAAGAAAGAAGAAAAAGAUUUAAAUGAGACUGUCAAUGAAAAAUUAACAUUACCAAGUGAACCAACUUUAGAUACAGAAGAAGAAUCCAUUGAGUUAAAGAAGGACAACAAAAUAUGUUUGGAUGAACAAAUCAAAGUAGAAUUGACUGAUAUUAAUACUGACAGAGAUGUUGUUAAUCUGUUUGAAGAACAACCAUUAACAAUAGUUACUGAAAAUGAAGAAAAAAAAUUAUUGGAGAAACCAAAACGAGGACGAAGACCAAAAACAAGAAAGUUUUCUGAAUCGUCAUUGUCACUACCUAGAUAUGAAAUGUCAGCAGUAGAUAUUUCUACAUCAUCAAAGAGUAGUGGGAAACGAGGUCGACCACCUUCAGCAGAAAGAUCCAGAAGAUGCUUACGAUCUGAAGGCUGUGAAAAUUUAACUGCAGAUCCACUUCCUUUAUCCCAGCCUCCUCCUACCAUACCAUCACUCCCACCUCCACCACCAUUACCACCACCUCCACCACUUCCUCCUCCAUCACCAUUAGCAACUGUACAAAUGGAUGAUGUUUCAGUUAAAGAAGAAAACUUUGUUACACCUAUAAUACAUGAAAAUACCAACCUGAAUUCAAAUAAUGAAAAUAUGUCAAGUGUUUGUACAGAUGAAGUAACAGAAUCUUCAGAAAUGUCCAUUCUAAGUACAAAUAAUUUAGAAUUGAAGGAAAUGAUGCAAUCAUCUAAUGAAAAUGUAUCUUGCAUCAAAAACAAUGAACAAAUUACUGAACAGAUUAAAGGAGAACAAAGGAAGAGAGGAAGGAGAAAAAAGAAAACAUUAGACCAUCAUUCAAGUUAUUUUUCUCUCUCAAAUGAAAAAAUUGAUCCCAAACAUGAUGAGAAUGAUCAGAAGGAUCAUCAUAAGCCUAAAGAAUCAAGAUUGUGGCUCUCUAUUUCUUCUGAUAAAACUGUUUCCACUGAACAUAAGUUAAAUUCAAAAGAAUCAUCUAGUGCUUAUGAUGUAUUUGAAUUUAGAGAUUCAGAAGAUGAAGAAAUUACAUUUGAAAGAGAUCUUCAAUGUAGCAUAAAAGAAAGAUUAGAUUUAACCAGAACAUCAUAUGGGCAUGAUCAUAGACAUGGUCAUAUAGAAACAAAAAUUCCUGAAAUAACUCAUGAAAGGGAAAAGAAACAUGAUGAAUCACGACAUAAAUCUCAUCAUCAUGAUGAAAGAGACACCACUGGAAAAGAAUAUGUAACAGAACUUAGUCAGCAUGGGAAAAUAUCUAUCACAAUUCGCUUGCAUCAGAAAGAAGGUCAUGAUGGUAGUUCAACUGGUACUGCAGAAGUUGUCAAAACAUCAGAAGCUGUCUGUGGAGAAGAUCAUAAAAGUGAUAUAAUGCGUUCUGACAAAAAUAAUAACAAAGAAACAAUAGGUGCCGAAACUCGUUCUGCAACACAAGGUAGGCUAACAAGAAAAUCUACCAGACUUCAAUGUCAAAAUGCUCGAACAACUGUUGAUGAAGUAAUUGAAGAUGUAGUAAAGGGUCAUUUUAGAUCUCCCACUCAAAGUGAUAUGCCUGUUAGAGUGACUAGAAGAACUAGAAUAAGCAGACGCAGUGAAGACAAUACAAAUCAAUCAAUGGAUGAUAUAACUGCCAAUGAUAGUUUGGCAUCUGAGAAAGCAAAGAACGAACCUGUUUUUGUUAUCUUAGAUAAUGCAGUCAAAGAAUAUUCUACUGAAGUUAAAAAGUGCCUAAUUACACCACAAGAAAUUAUUUCAAAUAAAUCUACUUUAACUGCAGAAAAUGAGUCAAGUAAAUCUGAAACUAAAGUCUCAUUGAGAUCCUAUAGAAUUACUAGAUCAUCAACUAGAAUGGAAGCAAAUAAAGAUAACAUAUCUCCUAAAAAUUCUUCAGAUAAUACAAGAGAGACUAAUACUACUGACUUACAUAUUGAUUUGUCACAAAAGAAUGAUAUUCAUCUUUCAGAAUCAAAAGAAUCCUCUAAUAAUAAUAUAUUUCAAACAAAAGAUACAGUUGGAAAUGAAGGAUUUUCAGCUAGGACACCAUUACCUGUCUUGAAAGUAGAAUUACCAAAAGUAACCACUGCAUUAACUUCAAUUGAAAUGAAAACAGGUGAAAAUGAAGAUAGUGAUUCCAGAGCAAGUCCUACAGUAUUGAUUGAUCCAGUGACAGGAUAUCUAACACCUGUAAAUAAAAUUAUUGAUUCUAUGGAAGGAAGUGAGGGACAUUCAUAUUUGAAAUCUUCCAGAACAUCACAUUUAGAAAAAUUACCAGCCAGUACUGUUAUCACAAGCAAAGGAGAUCUUCCUUCUAUUAAUUCUUCAGAAAACAGUGCAAUAAGCCAUAAUUCCAGUUUAUUAAGUUUGCCAACUCAAACUCCAAUUAAAAAAUCUUCACCUGAAGUUACUAGUCAUUCUCAGAUGCCAAAUUCAAGCAUUGGACCAGUUUCUCUAUCUACACCAGCAUUGUGUAGUUCAAGCACAGGACAAAUAACUUCCACCAUACACCAUAUCUCAGACACAAAAUCUACAGCAUCUGUAUCAGAGGAAAAAGCAUCACCAGUUUCAAUGGAGGAAAAGUUUGAAAAACCAAUUACAGUUUUAAGUACACCUAUUGUUCAUGCAACUUUGAGUGUUACAACUAAUACAGAGAGCAAACCUUCUGAUUCAAUUCCUUUGUUAAAUGGAAAGCAGUUGCCACCUGUUGGACAACCCCAAGUGUCAGUUUCACAGGUUCCUGGUUGGCCAGUGACUACUAUUGGAGGCUCAUCAUAUAUAACGUACGGUUCAGUUCCUGCGCAACCAAUAACCACAAGUCAAACUACAAAAAAUCCAAGAAGCAGUGGAUAUUCACAAUCAUCUUCAAAAACACUUGUUUCAUUGACUUCUACAUCAUCAACUGAAACAAGCAUUGCCAAAGUUGUCACUCCAUUAAAAAUUUCAACAUCUAGCAUAACAGGAAGCAUUCCAACUGAAGCAAAAACUGAAACGACAAAUUCUUCUGUAACUCAAUCAGUUGUUCAUUCGGAUGGCACUUCCAUUGCAACAAAUGAAAGCAUUAGUUCAUCUAAUAGAACAUUGUUCCAUCAAUCAAGUCCUCUGCAAACCCAUGCUCGAACUGAUAAUUCUGCGGGUUGGAAUGUGUGUAAGACUCCACCAUCAAGAUCUUCAAAUUCAGAAGUAUCUAGACAUGCACACUUAUCAGUUCCUGCUUCAUCACCACCAAGAACAACUUCAGCUAUUGUAUUGACAACUACUAUUAAAACUGAACAGCAUUCAUCACCUCAGAUAUCAAAUACAACAACUAAAACAUCAUAUUCUUCUGCAUCUAAACAAAGUCCAACAUUCCUUCAUAAACCUGGAUUAGCUGUACCUUCUUAUGAAUCGUCAUCAUCUUCGCAUCCAUCACAUAGUUUAUCUGCAAAUAACAAUAGUGGUGGAGUUAUUGCAGAAUUACUUCAAAAUCCUCAUCUCCUACAGCAGCAUAAAGAUUAUUUUGCUGCAUCACAACAUCCAGCAUCAAGUAAUGCUCAAAUUGGAGAUCGUUUGACCCAUCUCGUCCGGUCAACAAACUCUACUUCAACUCUUCAUGCAGACAUAGCAGCAAGACUUGGAAAUCCUACUCCACCUCAUACACCAACUCCGCCUGUGACUUCAGCAACUCAUCCUUUACAACCACCAGAAAUACAUCCUGCUCAUGUUGCUGCAGGUUUGCAUCUGCGUCAGCCUCCUCUUAUUGUUCCUUCCCAUGCUCCUCUUGGAAUACAUCCAUCAGAUCUCAAUGCUUUUGUUCAUCAGCAGAUGAUGUAUGCUGCAGCACAUCCUCAUUAUGCAGCUAUGCAUCCAGAAUUGCGGGUACAACAAGAAGUGCAAGCUAGAGCAGCUGCCAUGGGUAUUGCACCAAGAUUUCCAUAUCCUCAUGUUCCACCUAAUGCUGGAUCAUCUAGUGGAUUCAGACAACCUCCUGAACCCCGUCAGCAUACAUCUGUAUCAGAUAGUAAAUCUGAUGCAAAACCUCUAAUUGAAUCAUCUAAAACAAUUCAAGAACAUAGAAUACAUGAAGAGAAAGAGAAACCUCAUCAUUUGACAAAGGGCAUCAGAAUAAAGCAAGAAAUAGAUAGAGAUGGAAAAUCUUCCACAGAAAUUAAAGGACAUCCAGUUCUUAGAAAUGAAGACCAAGAAUUAGCUGGAUUAGAAGGAAAACAGAUCAACUUACCCACAGGUCCUUUAACAGUGGGUGGAUUAAGACCACCACCAGUGCCAUAUCCUCCUUCCAUACGGCAACUGAAUCCUCAUCUAGCUAUUUCUGCACACGAGAGAAUAACUGAUUCUCCUGUUGUAGCUAAUUUAUAUGCGCAAGGUCAACUUAGGACUACUCCCCUUCAUCUUGUUGUACAGUCUGAUGAUCAUAAGGCUGAAGUCCAUCCUCAUUCUCAAUCAGUGAAAUCUCCAAUAGCAGAGAAAGAAUCUAAACCUCCAGCAGCUCAUCAAAAUCCACCCACAACUGUUCCUUAUCAUGCUUUGGAUACCUUAGGACAUCAUAACAGGCAGUCUUCAAUGAGUAUGCCUUCUGUCGGUUCUCCUGCUCCUGGUUAUCUGGAAGGUCGUCCCAUUGCUCAUUUAGCUCAUACUUCUGGAGCACUUGCAUUAAAAACUUUAGCACCACCUCAACCUAUAUCUCAGUCUCAUUCUACAGAAACACACAAUAACCAUGAAAGCCAUAAAAAAUCUUCAAGGACGCAUUCUCAUCAAGGACCAUCUCCAUCUCCUGGACCUUUGGGUCUGAAUACAGCACAUUCUCCACUUCCCAUUCCGCCCAAUUUCUCUUCACAUACUCCUCAUCCUACUGUUGUACCAUCUCAUACAUUUCCACCUCCAAAUACAGAAUCAAUUCAUAGAAGAAAUAGCCUUCAUCUCAUACCUCAGAUGGGUUCAGAAGCACCUAUACAUGCUCCUCCACCUGCACAUGCUAUGUCUCAACCUUCUGGUGUGCCAAGAACACAACCACAAACUCCACCUCACGCUAGUCAGGUUCCACCUCAAGGAGAUUCAUUUUUACUUCAGCGAUAUCCUGUUAUGUGGCAAGGACUGCUGGCUCUAAAAAAUGACCAAGCUGCUGUACAAAUGCAUUUUGUUUCUGGAAAUCCCAGAAUUGCCAGAGCAUCACUUCCACUCAUGACCGAAGGUGGAACUCCUCCAGUCAGAAUUGCCCAGAGAAUGAGACUUGAACAAACUCAGUUAGAGGGUGUGGCACGGAAAAUGCAGAUGUUAGAUGAACACUGCAUUUUGUUAGCCCUUCCUUGUGGAAGAGAUCACAUGGAUGUACUCCAACAAUCCAACAAUCUCCGAAAUGGUUUUAUUAAUUAUCUUCAACUAAAACAAGCUGCAGGGAUUGUCAAUGCAGCUGCUCCUGGUUCUCAGCAGCCUGCUUAUGUGAUUCAUAUAUUUCCAUCGUGUGAAUUCUCAAAUGAAAAUAUGGCCCGAAUAGCUCCAGAUUUACUACACAGUGUGAGUGAUAUUGCACAUUUAUUAAUAAUAAUUGCCACCGUAUGACAUCCCUCUCCUGAAAAUUCUUGGUGGCAAAGUUAUAGACAAGAAAAACCAAGUUGGUUAAAUCUGUUAGCUGUAUGCCAGUAAUUGAGCCCGACCCGCAGGCUUCACCGCACAAAAGUAGGGUCAGACCAUCUCAUAAGUUGACAUAACGUUAUCUUUCCGUCUAAUGUCUGAAUACUAAAAAUACAAAAAAUUUCCAAUUUUUGCCCAGCAAAAUUAUAAUAUAAAAAAACAAAACAAUGUAGAUCCGAGGAAAGAACACUUUUAAAGUGCACAGAAAGAUGGAAGGUAACAACGUAAACAAAAUGUAGUGUCUUUCAAAUAUCAGGAGUGUAACAGAAGAUGUUAAUUAUAACUUUGCUUCCAAGACUGUUGCAACAUGCAUCGAAGCUGGAAGCAUCUUAUCGACAUUCUAUAGUCAUUGUAUCUUGUGUAUAUGUGUGUUUUGUGUUGUGCAGCCACUUCACUGCCAUAGAACAAAAAUAACAGUUGUGACAGCAUGUUAUUCCCCAUCUGUAUAUUCAAACUAUGUGUAAUGGUGGGAUGUUAUUUCAGACCACUAAAAAAUAAGCGGCUUAUGAACUGGCAGGUUUGGCCCCGUACAAAUCGCUGACCAUUAACAUCCAUGGUGCCGAUCCGUAGCCCAUAACUUUGCAGAUAUUUCAGACGUCGUGUUCGACAAGUGCGUGUGCAUGUGUAUGAUCGAGAAGUGUUUAAUUAAUAAUUACAGAAAAAGUAUAGAAGCAGCAUGUGGUAAUGGAUGUAGUUUGUCACUGUACAUAUUUUGGUUUUUGCCUGAUUGUCUUGUUGUUAUUUUGUUUCAUUAAAUCAGAACAAUUGUAUAAAAUAUAUGGCAAUUCCUUCUGAAAUCAGGAGGAUGCACCAUCGGUAGGUGUAAGAUAUAUUAGCACAUCAGUGUUUUGUGUAUGACCAGAGCUUUGUGUAUCUACAAAAAAAAUUAGUGAAGUUGUGGCCCGGCCCUCAGUAUGCUAUAAAAACAUAGCACAAUUUAGAUAUAAUUGCAUUUAGAAAAAUGGAAAAAUGGCUGUUAUGUCGUCUGUGUGAAAUACAAGCUUAAAAUGUUUCAACCAUUGAUGAAAACUCAUCCAUUGGUGAAAUUGUAAGAAAAAAAAUAACAAAAAAUGUGAUGUCACCUUUUAAACAUGAGAUAGUAGUCUUCAUCUUAGAAAUUUUCAAAAUGUGAAUUGAAUUAAUCCUAACUGGAAAAAGUAAUUUGCAAUUAUAUUGCAAAUCGGACAGAUGUGUGUUCGAAGGGUUGAAAAACCUCAACCCAUAAUAUGAGCUGUAUUUAUAUCCGUGUCUAUUACAAAAACCCCAGUAUUCUAUCCUCGGUUCCUGUUUUAAAUGCACUCAUAGGUUUUAUUCAGUUUUUUGUUAUUUUUGGCAUUAUGCUGUACAAAAAAUCUUAGUCAUACAAGAUACAUUGUAAAAUCCCAUUAAUUUUUUGUCAUUACAAAGACCAUCAUACAAACAUGGUGCGCGUCACCUCAUUUUUAUUUUUAUUUUUCACAUUGAUUUAAUUCACUUAAAUCAGUCAAAUGAGUGUAUAUUUUGUAAAUAUAUGUAUGGUUCUAGUGAUUGUACAUUUUCUGAAAACAAAAAACAAAAAAAAAUGUUCUUCUGUAGAAUGUUAGUAUAAAUCUGAUGCCCAGGACAAAGUAACUCAGUGUACAUUCAUUAGUGAAAUUCUCUGUAUGAAACUAAAAUGCUGCUCUUUGCCGGCAUUCUUUGCAUGCACCCGGGCAACCAUAUGUAUCUUACGUGCAGGCACAAGAUUGCAGGAAAACAAAGCUGUUUUAAUCGAUGACCCUUAUGUUUGGUUUUCUUCUGUCUGUAUAUGCACACCUCACAGCUGAAAAAAUCAUCCACUGGUUCUCUGUAAUUUACAUGUUUUUCAUUGACUGUUUCUCCAUAUUUGCUCAAAGCCAUUGUUGCAAAGAGUAACAACAGAUAUUUUCACUUCUUUCAUUGUGAUUUUCACCAAGUUCAGCUGCUCUAUUUUUGAUGUGAAAAUUUCAAGUGUCUAUAUUUUGUGUGUUUAACAGCCCAGUAAUUGUACAUAUUCUAAAUAGGGCUGGUCUGGAAUUAAGAUCGUUUAUGUUUCCUCUGCUGACACACUCAAGAGCAGUGAGUUAAGUUAUUGGUAAGCAAAUAAAAUGUUAUCACGUAA